CGGUACUCUAUGUACAUAAAUAUAUAGGAAUUAUAGAAAAAACUAAAAGAGAUCAGAUUAACACUCUGGAUUGUGAGGUGUUUUAUUGUGGAUUCAAGCAGUGUUUAUCGCCAGAAAGUUUGUUGAUCUCGCGAUGAUUUUGUUCAAUUUCUUCUCCUGCUUUCUGUGUCCUUCCAUUUAUUGAGAGACAUGAUAGAGGAAAGAUAUACGAGAGAGGCUGUUAUGGAGAAGAAAAGGAUCCACUGAGAGGGUCUUGCUCUUGCACCAACAAUGAUGAGGUCGGUGGUGCAGACGAUGGCGCUUUCAAUGUAGAUAGGAAUCUGUGAAAACAACAAAGAAAGUUGUAUCCUUCGAAAUCCUAAUUUUUUAUGAUUUUUUUUUCCUGGUUGGGAAAUAAUGCAUUCUUUUUUAUUUGUGGUUUUUGGUUAAUGGGUUUUGAUUUCUGGGAUAUAUCUGCACUUUUACUACAUGCUGGGUUUUAGAUUUUAAUCUAAUUUCUUCAUUUGUGGGAUUUUAAUUCUUCGGUUUGGGUGUUAUUUAUGUGUUAUUGCAUUAAAUUAUUACUGAUGUUGCUGGCUUUUUUUUUCUUGAUGAAUUAAAAUUGUAUUAACAACUCUCUCUAUGAAGUUGGUAGCGAUUCAGAGCAGAGUUCGAAUGUUGUUGCCGUAGUGGCCUUCUCUUGCAUCAAGGGCAAUAUGGCAAGGUUUUGGCAUGUGAGUUUCGUUUUUUGCUGCUCAAGCAUCUAUAUUUUUUUUUCAUUUUUCAAAUUCAUCUUCUUCUAUUUGGUUGCAAGCUACAUGGUGCUGGGUUAAUUGUGUGUUUCUCGGGGUUGGAAUUUGAAUUUAGAUGUUUUUCAUCUUAAAAAGGUUUAAAAUUUGGAGAAAGAAUAGUUGUUGUAGCUUGCUGGCUUAGGGAUAAGUUGGUUAGGUCAAUUCUUUUGAAGGCAUUAACAAGCUUUUCAUGCCUUUUUUUAUGUGCACGUAAGGAAUUAUAUAACGAUUCAUCAUGCAACUUAUUCACCUCCAUUCAUGGAUCAAACACAGACCAUGUUUCCUUCUGGUUUAGGUCUCUGCUUUGAGUUUUUCCAGUUGUUUUGCAUCCAUGGGUUUAGUGUUAGGGAACUAACUGAAUUAGACUUUAAGCCUUUUCCAUCAUCCAUGAGGUAGUCCUUUACCGAGCCAUCUAUGUGCAAUCGUGUUUUAAAAAAUAAAUUAGAGUUGUGCGGUAGCAUUGUGAAUGACAAGGCAGAUAAUUGGGUAAGUGUUUUAAUGAGUUUGGACUAUCUUCUUUACAUGUUGCACACAAGGUGUUUGACAAGGAUUUUGAGAGAGAUGUGUUUUAUUUUGAAGUUGUUCCUUGGAUUUUAUUCUUGCUGUAUUUUGAGCUUUUAAGCCCUUUUUUGGAUUCUUGAUGCACUUAGGGAAAGACAUGUUAAUUAAAUGAUGUUUGGGUCAAUGGUGGAUGAAAGAGACUUUGACAGGAGGUCUUUGUGUUUGUGCAUUUCGUGUUUUUAUGGAUUUCAUGCUUGGCUUACAGAUGCUAUUAAUUCUGUCUUUGGUUAUGUUGUUCUCUUGAUAGAGAUCUAUAUUGUUUUUAUUUUUGCGUGUCACGUUAAUGGUCCUUUUCUAUGCAAUUGUUUUAUAAUGGAGCAGCUUCAGAAAAAUUCAGUCCCUCGCAUGGCAUUAGACAAGGUGACCCUUUUUCUUGGUAUAUUUUCUGUAUUAUGCAUGGAAGAAUUUACUCAUUUAAUUACAGAACGUACGUAUAUUAGAAAAUGGAAUCCUGUAGGGUUGUAAAAGAUGGGCUUGCAUUUCACAUUUGCUUUUCGUUGGGGGUGAUUAAAUACUAUGUGGAGUCCUCUAUAAAAUCAUAUAGAUGUUAUUUUGGGAUGUUUAAAGAAGUUUUGCGCCUCAUUUGGUCAAAAAAAUUGGUGUUUUCAAAACCAAGAUUUUCUUCUCCAAAAACACUUAUAAACAGGUAUCUAAUGCAAUCAGCAGUGGAGAUGGUUUUAUAUUGAUAUCUGACCUCAAAAGAUAUUGCUGAGAGAGUUCAGAGCAAUUUGUCAGCUUGGAAAAAUCAACAAUUUUUCUGUAGCUGGAAGAGUCGCUCUCUGUAUGUUAGCAGUCCAUAUAGACAACUCAUCUCCCCCAGGAGUGUGUGCGAGGCUAUUGACAAAGUGCGUCCAAGUUUUGUUUGGGGGAUACAAUAGAGUACAUAUAAGAGUGCACUUGAUGAACUCAAGGACUUGUGUCAUUAAAGAUUAUUUGGGGAUUAAUGACCCAAGAUGAUCUCUUAUUGAUUAAAGCUGUUAAAAGAUGAUGCAAUGACUUUUAAUCAGUUAGGUUUGGUUCCAAAGAGAAAAGGGUCCAUGUCCAAUCUUUGGCGUAACAUUGUCAAAUUGCAAAAGGUUUUCUUUACAAGAGUCAGUUGGAUGACUGGGGAAGGAUAGUUGAUGAAUUUUUGGAAGAUUAAAGGGUGGAAAAUGUAGGCAUUUUCGUUGAUCAUGUUCUCCAUGACGGAGUUCCAAAGCUUAAUAACAUGAAUGUUAUUGAAGUGGUGAUGGCUAAUGGAGAGAUUACCUCAACGGCUCCCUGAUAAUUGCAUUCAGGCCUUUGCAUUAACUUGUCUUCCAUCAUGCUCGGAUAAUGGUUCUGAUGUAGAACCAUGGACCAGGUGGUGAAUUCUCCGCUGUUACGGCCUACCACCAAUUCAUAUCAUGUGAUGAUUGGAGCUUGCCUAAUGCUCUGUGUUAGAGUCUGAAGUGGCCAGGUCUGGACCUGAUAAUUAUUAUCUUUUUAUGGCUUGCAAUCCAUAAUAGAUUAAACACGAAUGAAUAAAGAUAGAGGCCACACAUGGACUACCGUCAUAUUCGCAAUAAUUUUUCAAAUUCAAGUCCAUUGUACAUGUGUUCAGAGAUUGCACAAAAUAUAUGGAAUCAGUUCAUUGCACAGAAGGACACAAAUGUUUUCUUCUCUAUGAGUGGGAAAGAAUGUUUUGUUGCUAAUCUUAGCAGAAAUACUUACAAUACCAGUGGGAAAGUAUGUGUGCAUGUGUUGUCUGAAGAAAACCAUUCUUCAUUUGACAUAUUUGUCUAUUUAGAUCUGCAAGCAGAUUGAGGAAGAUGAUGUCAUCUGUUUACACAUGCAUAUAUCUAUUAUGAGCACAACAUCAUUCAACUGCGAUCUUUUUCUUUGGUUAUAUUAAGUUUUCUUUGCUGGGCAUAACACAACUACUUUUGAGUCUCUUCACUAUAUACAGCUUCAUAUCAAAUUUCUCUUGGUCCUGCUAUUUCAUUGCAUAAUGAAACCCAACACACCUCAACAUUUUUCUUGGUGAGGAAAAUAAUUUUUUUAUCCGGCCUGCAGUGAAGCACGGGACACCUGACUAGUAUACAAUACAGGUCGAGCCCUAAUCUUAUACAUAAACAUUUAUAAUUGUAAAACAAAAUCAAAGAUAACUGUGGAAUUUCUUUAAUCAGAGAUAUUAUUAUUAUACAGAAUAGAGACAUUGGGCAUGGUUAUCCGGUAGCAUAAUUAUAUGAACACAAGUCAUUUUCAAGUCGCCGUGAGUUUUUGGGCAGGUGAAGAUUAAUUGAAAAGUCGUUGGUGGAAAAUUUAAUUGACGACGACCAUUGACUAACUCAAGUAUCAAAUAUAAAGAAUUGUCAAAUUAGACUGCAAGCUCAACAGAGAACAUGACUGAACAUUUUGUUUUUGUGUUUAUUGGUGGUUGGUAACUUCGUAUACAAGACGUUAAGAAAUAGGGUACUACAAGUCCGCAGGCAUCUUUAAGAGAAUUGGAACUCAGAAUCCGGAUUGAGAGAGGGAGUGAGGAAAGAUGUCCGAGAAAAUUGUGUGUGUAACAGGUGCAGGAGGGUACUUGGCAUCGUGGCUGGUAAAGUUUCUUCUUUCAGAGGGCUAUGUGGUGCAUGGAACUGUGAGAGACCCAAGUGAUGAAAAGAACGCACAUCUGUUGAAGUUGGAAAACGCUAGAGAGAAUCUGAAACUCUUCAAGACAGAUUUGCUAGAUUAUGAAGGUCUUUCUACUGCAAUCUCAGGAUGUGCCGGGGUUUUUCACGUUGCUUGCCCAAUUCCUACAGAUCCUGCCAGCAUUCUUAAUCCCAAGGACAAGAUGCUGGAAGCGGCAGUCACCGGCACACGGAAUGUACUGAAUGCUUGCUCCAUAACUAAAGUGAAGAAAGUUAUUGCUGUGUCAUCUAUAGCUGCUGUUAUGCUAAACCCAAAUUGGCCAAAGGAUCAGGCGAUGAAUGAGGAGUCUUGGUCUGACUUCGAGUUUUGUAAGGCAAAUGAGCAAUGGUAUUUUCUUGCCAAGACAAAAGCAGAAAAAGAAGCUUUGGAAUAUGGAAAGACGAACGAGCUCAAAAUUGUGACCAUCUGUCCCUCCAUUAUCAUAGGGCCUUUGUUGCAGCCAACCAUGAAUAGCAGUAGCUUAUACCUCCUAAGUUACUUAAAAGAUGGAUUGGAAACACUAGACAGUGGAACCCGUUCUUUUGUAGAUGUGCGCGAUACAGCAAAAGCACUCUUGCUGAUAUACGAGAAGGAUGAAGCUGAGGGAAGGUAUAUAUGUUCAUCACAUGAUAUCACAACUCAGGAUUUGGCAGAAAAGUUGAAGGCAAUGUAUCCCCAUUACAACUACCCCAAGAGUUUUUCCGGAGGGAUGCCAUCAAUGGACAUGAGUUCAGAGAAAUUGCUGAAUUUAGGAUGGAAGUACAGAUCAUUAGAGGAGUCACUUGUUGAUGCUGUCAAGAACUACGAGAAGAGAGGCGAUUUGGCUAAAAACUAAUAGCUUGCGAGUUGUUUUGAAACCGAAGAUUACUUAGUUUAUUUCUUGAGUGCUCAACCUCGUUGUAAGAAUUCAUGUGUGCUUGUUAUUGUGGACUGGUAUUUUCAUAAGAACCUAAAAAACCCUUUAAUUUUAUCUUUUAUAAAUAAAAAAUCAUUUCGAAAAACAA